GGGGAAGCUCCCUCUGUCACUCACAGCUGCCAUGUUGCUGAGAGGUACCACCCCGUAUUAGACCAGACACAGACUCUCUCCCGCGUGUUCCCCAACACAUCAUCACCCCGACGCCCCUCGCGCCCGCCCUCCCAGAGCUUCACUUCACCGCGCUUUGCUUUGCUUUGCUUUGCUUCUGUCAAUCCCCGCCUCAAUCGCUCUCUUGCUCUCUUGCUUCGUCAACCCCCUCACCACCGGCACAAUGCUUGCACGACGCCUGACCCCGCGUGUUCGCAAUGCCGUCCCCUCGUCACAGCCCGCUGUCGUCGUUUCUCGCUCCUUCAGUGCUCUUCCUGCAGCCCAGGGCCCGGCGAGAGCUCCAGCUCUCGCCGACAUCACACCGGACGCCGCGCCGAAGUUCGACGCCCGGCAGAAGGAAUUUCGUGAGAGCCUGGUCGCCGCGCAGAAGCAGAGGGAGCAGCAACUGAAAGAAGCACGCGCCCGCGAAGCUCAAGAAGGCUCCAAGAAGAAGACCGGCGCUCUUACCUCGCUCAUCUACGGCACACCCGAGGGCCGCGAGCUCGACAAGGACAUCGAGCGGAGCUUCUCCCAAGUCUUGGCGAGAGGCAAAUACGUCCAUUCCAUCGUCUUCCACGAUGUCAAGCCCGACAAGGUGGACGAGUACACCGAGCUCGUUGGAAAGUGGUAUCCGAGGAUGGCAGACAUGCCCGAGAACAAGGUCCAUCUCGUGGGCAGCUGGCGGACAGAGGUUGGAGACUGCGACACAUUCGUGCAUAUCUGGGAGUACCAGCGGUACCAUGGCUACCAUGCCUCCCUAAACGCCAUUCAACAUCACCCCGAAUUCCCAGAGUUUGACGCGAAGCUCAAGACCCUCAUAAACUCGAAGCGAACCUCCCUCAUGCAAGAAUUCUCCUUCUGGCCCACCACAUCUCCACGCCAACUAGGUGGACUCUUCGAACUGCGGUCAUACACAUUGCACCCUGGCAAUCUUCUGGAGUGGGAGACACAUUGGCGCAAGGGCCUUAAGGCCCGUAGAGAGGUCAUGGAGGGCGUAGGAGCUUGGUUCGUGCAGAUUGGCGAGCUCAACACCGUGCACCAUCUAUGGCAGUUUGCAGAUCUGGAAGAGAGGAAGGUCCGGCGCGAACAGAGUUGGGGAGUCGAGGGCUGGGGUGAGACUGUCCACAAGACAGUCCCUCUGAUUCAGACAAUGAAGAGCAGGAUCUUGAUCCCGUGCCCGUGGAGCGCGGUUGCAUGAGGCGGACGCUGCAAUGGAUGUGGGAUAGGCCCAGUACUAGAUAUGGAACAUGUCUAUGAGAAAGCCAGCAGUCCGUGAAGGCAAGGGACAGCUGUGGGAAACUCGAUUACACCUGGAAUGACAGCAGGCGAGAGACACAGGACGAUAGUCAGUGUAGAUUAGGAGCCACAGCGAUAUUCCCGGAAACAGCACCGGUAUCGAACUAUGAUAG